AUGCGUUCCUCGAAUCUUAUUACGCUGCUCUCGGCCGUUGCCGGUGUGGUUGCCAGCCAUGUUGAGCUACCAGCCAACAUGCCACGAAGUAUCGAAGAGUUUCGAGAGAAGCAUCCAUACAAGACAAAAAGGUCGUGCAAGGACGGUCACCGACCAGUCGUCAAGAUUCGAUCUUCCAGAAAUGAUACAGAUGACGUCUCCGACGAGUUCAAAGCUGGCCUAAAGAAGGCAAACCAUGGCGGUACUCUAUACCUGCCUAAGAACAAGCUGUUUGUUAUAGGCAAGCCGCUUGAUCUGACUUUCCUCGACGACGUUCAAGUGCAUUGGGAUGGCGAGGUCAAGUUCACCAACGACACCCCAUACUGGCAAGCCAAUGCUUUCACACAUCCUUUCCAGAACAGCUUGAUGUUCUGGAAAUGGGGCGGCAAGGAUAUCAAAAUCUACGGAGACGGCGUUCUAAACGGGAACGGUCAGCGAUGGUGGAACGAAUUUGCUGGUCUCGAGAUUCUAGACCCAGACAACGAAUAUCUUCGACCGAUUCUGUUCUACGCCGAGAACACCACCAACUUCGCAAUGGAAGGUAUUCAUGAGAAGGACUCACCCUGCUGGACCAACUUUAUCGUGACAUCGAAGGGUAUCUCGUUCACCGACGUCGUGGUCACGGCCCAGUCCAACAAUGCUACAUCUCGGCCUAAAAACACCGACUUCUUCGACUCGUUGAACGUCGAAGAUGUCACUGUCAAGCGGGCGUGGAUCAACAUUGGGGACGACUGCUUUUCCCCGAAGUCCAAUGCCUCUAAUAUCCAUGUGGACACAAUGUACUGCAAUGGCACCCACGGACAGUCCAUUGGCUCGCUAGGCCAAUAUGCGGGAGAGAUGAGCUUUGUCAAGGAUGUCGUUAUCGAGAACGUCUGGAUGCUCAAUGGCCAACAUGGUGCCCGACUUAAGACCUGGGCUGGUCCAGACAUUGGAUAUGGUUUCAUUGAUAACGUGACCUUCAGAAACUUUUACCAGGCGAACAAUGAGUACUCUGCCUUCAUCGAUUCAUGUUAUUUUAAUAUCGACACCGACACCUGCGCCAAGUAUCCGUCGCAAAUGAAUAUAACCAAUAUCGUUUUCGAGAAUUUCUCAGGCUACACGAGCGGUAAAUACGGCCUCGCUGUCGCCAGCCUGACGUGUUCAACGAACCCCGACGCGGUAUGCGAGAAUAUCACGUUCAAGAACUUCACCGUCACGUCCCCGUGCAAGGGGGAUCCCGUCAUUAUAUGCGAUGGCAUCAAGGGCGACACGGGAAUAGGCUGUGUCAGCUCCAACAGUACCAAGGCUAUCUCUGCACUGUCGAAGACAUGCAAGGUUCCCCUGGCGACUGUGAGCCCAAAUUUCUGA